AUGAAUCCUUCAGAUACAACCGCGGCAGUAACAUCAUCACCACAACAUCAACAACAACAACAUCAACAACAACAUCAACAACAACAACAUCAACAACAACAUCAACAACAACAUCAACAUCAACAACAACAACAUCAUCAACAACAACAACAACAACAACAGCAACGAUUGCCAUCAAAUUUUCUUCAAGCAUCAAUGAUGGCUCGUAUGGAAGCACUACGACGAAUUCAGCAAAAUCAAUUCACCUCAACAGAAUCAUCACAAGUAAAUCCUUCUGUUGGUGAUUCAUCCGCUAUCGGAAUUACCGGACAAUUACCACCGGUAGAUAAAAGUGUUGAUUUGGAUGGUGAUGGUGCAUUAGGUCUUGCUGAAGUACAGUAUGCUGCAUUCGUACAUCAUGGAUUAUCCAGUAAUGUUAUUGAAAAUCUUUUCAACGAG